ACCACAACGACGCGUCCCGGGCUCGUGAAGCUCUUCCCGGUUUGCCAGGGUUUUCCAGCAUGUUCGGGAAGAAGAAGAAACGGCUGGAGAUCUCCGCCCCGUCUAACUUUGAGCACCGGGUCCACACGGGGUUCGACCAGCGGGAGCAGAAGUUCACCGGGCUGCCUCAGCAAUGGCAGAGCCUCCUGGCGGACACCGCCAACCGCCCCAAACCCAUGGUGGACCCCUCCUACAUCACCCCCAUCCAGCUGGCACCAAUGAAGACCAUUGUUCGAGGGAACCGGCCGCCCAAAGACGCUUCCAUCAACGGCCUUCUGGAGGAUUUUGACAACAUCUCAGUCACGCGCUCCAACUCCCUGCGUAAGGAGAGCCCGCCGGGCCCCCACCAGGCUGGAAGCGGCUCCAAACCCUCCGGCAGCGGUCACCCCAACGCCCCGGAGGAGAACGGAUUCAGCCAUUACUAUUCCCGCUACUCCUGUGACCUAGACACCUCCAGCAGGGACUUUUCUCUCGACACCAGCAAGCCGAGCUUCUCCGUAGAUGGGGACUGGGCGGUCGGGAGGCACUAUCGGUUCACCAAGCAGAAUGGUCACUCGUACCCCAUUCGCAGCCCUUUCUACCCGGACGCCAUGCCCCAGAAAUCUGAGUACGGCAAGCUUCCCCCGGACUACCACACCUACCUGGAGAGCAAAGGGCGCUCGGCCGACGAGGUGGCCUCCACGGUGGGGAGCGGCGUGGGCUCCAGCGGCUACUACCGGGCGUCCGUCGGCGGCUCGUCCAGCCAGGACUACCGGGACACUUCUGUGGGCACGCCGUCCCGCGCCUCGCUGCACAGCGAGCAGAUCAACUACCCGGACAGCGAGUGGAGCUACGGCGGCCUGCGGGACGAAUACGAAAAGCGGCCCAAGAGUUCCUACGUGGCGCAGACCAGCCCCACGCCGGCCAUACGGCAGCGGUCUCGCUCGGGCUCCGGGCUGCAGGAGCCGAACGUCCCUUACGCAGCCAGCGGGGCUUUCAAGAACCCGCCGCAGGCCCACCCGUACAGCUCCUACACCUACCCUCGCCUCUCGGAGAGCCUCGCUAACUCACAGACCUUAACCAAGGGCGACUACGAGCGUCCUGCCCGCGACGGCAGCCCCCAGGUCGCGGGGGGCGACACCUACCCCCGAGGGCCUCUCAAGCAGCCUCAGAGCCACAUCAAGCCGCCGGGCUACCCCCCGGCACACCUGCCCUACCCUCCCGUCUUCCACCAUUACAAACCUUCACCCUACCACCACCCCCCAUCCCAGCCCAGCCCACCGUACACCCCGCAGGGCGCCUACUCGCAGCCUUCGUCACCCUACAUCCCCCCGGGGGCCUACCCGCCUCCUUCCUGGGGGUCCAGCUCGGACACUCAACCCUCCAGAGUCUCUCACGAGCAAUUCAGAGCCGCGCUCCAACUGGUGGUCAACCCAGGCGACCCUCGCGAGUACCUGGACAGCUUUAUAAAAAUCGGCGAGGGCUCCACGGGCAUCGUGUGCAUCGCCAGCGAGAAACACAGCGGCAAGCAGGUGGCCGUGAAGAAGAUGGACCUCAGGAAACAGCAGAGGAGAGAGCUGCUCUUCAACGAGGUGGUGAUCAUGAGGGACUACCAUCACGAGAACGUGGUGGACAUGUACAACAGCUACCUGGUGGGAGACGAGCUGUGGGUUGUCAUGGAGUUUCUCGAGGGCGGGGCUCUCACCGACAUUGUGACUCACACCAGGAUGAACGAGGAGCAGAUCGCCACGGUGUGCCUGUCGGUGCUGAGGGCUCUGUCCUACCUGCACACGCAGGGCGUCAUCCACCGCGACAUCAAGAGCGACUCCAUCCUCCUGACCAGCGACGGCAGGAUCAAGCUGUCGGACUUCGGCUUCUGCGCCCAAGUUUCCAAAGAGGUGCCCAAGAGGAAGUCGCUCGUGGGCACGCCCUACUGGAUGGCACCGGAGGUCAUCUCUAGACUACCUUACGGGACCGAGGUGGAUAUCUGGUCUUUGGGCAUCAUGGUGAUCGAGAUGGUGGACGGAGAGCCACCUUACUUCAACGAACCCCCUCUGCAGGCCAUGAGGAGGAUACGAGACAACCUGCCGCCCCGGCUAAAAGAGUCGCACAAGGUGUCCUCGGUGCUGCGGUCCUUCCUGGACCUGAUGCUGGUGAGGGAGCCCUCGCAGAGAGCCACUGCCCAGGAGCUCCUCCAGCACCCCUUCCUCAAGCUCUCUGGACCCCCGUCCUGCAUCGUGCCCCUCAUGAGACACUAUCGCCACCGCUGACCCGCUGGCCUCCGAAAAAAACCUGCCCAACAAAAAACAACAACAACAACAACCACCCACACAUACACACUCACCCAGCCGAAGCCACUAACACUCACACCUGUAACCGUGAAGUAGAUUAGCUAGAGGAAUAUCUAAGAAAUUACACUUAAAAAAAAUACAAACAAAGGAAAAGAAAGAAGAAAAGAAAAAAACAUUUUUAAAAACUGUGGACUUCGGAGGAUCUCACUAGUCGUCCAGUAGAAACGUGUGGGCUGGCUCGCCUCGUCUUCUCUCUUCCCAGACUGCGAGUCCUCGGCUCCCGCGUGGGGUCGUCGUAGCCGUCGGCGAGCGCUCCCCGGAGGGGUGCGGCGGAGGAAAGACCUCCCGGGGUGCCGGCGGCGUCUCCAGACCAGAGCGGCAGAGGCCAGAACCAAUCAGCUGACCGGUCCCCGACUGGCGGGCGGCCAGCCGGUCCAUCAGAGACGAGCUCUCUCUCUCUCUCUCGUAUCUCUUUCUCUUCUCACACACUAACAGUGAAAAUGUAUUUUAGAGAAACUUGUAAGUUUUUCUGUACAGUUUUGAUAAUUUGCAGUAUUUUAACCGUGUCGUAAACCAUUGUGAUAUGAGCAGUAUUAAAUAGAGUUUCUGCAGAGAUCUUUCCUACUGUUUAUAAUCCAGUUUUUUGCUUAAAGAUAUAAAGAGAUAUUCCCAAAUAAACCCACCUAAACCUAACUGUUACUAAAAAAGAAAAAAAAAAAUACUAAAUAUAUUUAUUAUCUUACAUUUGUAGACAGAACUUCCAUUAAAUGUUGGAGAAAAAAAAAAAGGGUAAUGUCAGAAUUUUGUAUGACGUUUUAAAAAGUAUUUAUUUAUUUAUUGGAAUAGAAGGAUUCUUUUUUUUU